UCGUGGCUGUGCGCACGUAUUGAACUGCGAUUCCGUGUUUCCUGUCCCGUGCUUUAAUCCAGUGCCACUGAUAGUGAAUAACAAGCUGCAUUUCAAAUAGCAUUACGCACUGUGUACAAUCUACUGCCGAUCAACCACUGGUCGCGAGUGUGUGAUUUCCGUUCUUUCCGACGAUCUCUGCUGCAUCCGGUAUUGCACAACGUGUCCUUUCUUCUUAGCAUACGCUACCGCCAGUGUUGAUGUACAAUGUGUGCUGAACAGCGUGUUUCAUAUUGAAGAAUCAAUCAGUGUCAGCAAUUUCCGGAGGAAAGCGCACUGCGUUAUGAAAUUGAACAUGCGAAUCCACUGUUUUAUUCUGGUGUUAUUUGCCGUUUCCUGUGCAAUUGCGGCAAGCGAAUCGAGCGGUCCAGCUGAUAACGAUGAACUGUUGGAUCGUUUAACGACGGGAAAACUACGACCACAACUCACAACAAACGAUGACGCCGAAGAUUCCGAUCCGUUCCGGGUGACCCCGCUGCUGCAGGGCGAUCGGACCGCGAUCGAUACGGGGCCGCGUAUCAGCGCAAUGAGGGACAAGCCAUUCAUUGAUGCUGAUAGCAGCAUUAGCGGCCACACCAUCAGUGAAGAGCUCCUCGAAGCUGAUCAGUUGCUUACCGUCGCGGAGGCAAAGGUCACAGCCAGUGAUAGUAGGUCGGUGUGGGAUGCGAAAGAUAGUGAUGACGAUGCUGCUGGAAAGGCGCGGAUUCUCGCGGAUCGUGUCGAAAUCGAUGACGUCACGGAUGGUAGUGGGCAGGAUGAAUCGCUCCCUCAGGCAGACGAUCCAUCAUUGUUUGAUAAGGAGCUCGUUGGCAUUCUGCAGAAGCGUCCGGAAUCACGUGAAUUCCUCGAAUCGUUGGGAUUAUCAGCCAAACCGAGUGACACCCAUCCUGACACUAGCAAUCCACAGGCUCUGAAAGAGCACCUGAAGGAACUGUUGACACGCCCGGUAAGCGAGCGGAAGUAUCAUAAACUACUUCCCACACUACCGGAAGAAGUGGAAGCUGAUGUAAUGCUACAGCCAUUCCAGGCUGCACACUUACCAACACGUCCAACUCCACUGCACCAGCCGACUACCGAUCAACGGCCGGCAAGUGUUCUGCUACCCGAUCUACAGCGCACCCUCGCUACCCAGCGCGAAUCGUUCCUUCCGCCGCAGGAAGGACAACGAAGCCUUGUGAUCGUGUUCGAUGCGACUGGUUCGAUGGUGGACGAUUUGCAGCAGCUACGGGAUGCGGCGAGGCUAAUCAUUGCGGAGAUCACGCAACGGAAGAGCAAUCCGAUCUUCAAUUACGUAUUCGUCCCAUUCCGGGAUCCACACGUUGGCCCGAAGCUUGUGACACGCAACCAGGACGAACUACUGGCCGCUCUCGAUCAACUGCAAAUCGUUGGCGGUGGCGAUUGUCCGGAGGCAGCUCUGGAGGCUUUGGCCGGUGCGAUCGAGCUAGCAAUUCCGCGGUCAUUCGUGUACGUUUUUACCGACGCUACGGCCAAGGAUUUCCGACUCGACCAGCGUGUUUUGCAGUUGGUACAGCGUAAGCAAACGCCCAUCACCUUCCUGCUGACGGGAUUUUGUGAUGGGAAAAACACUCCAGGAUAUCAGGUGAUGAGUAACAUUGCUGCCGCCAGUAAUGGUCAGGUUUUCGAUCUACGGAAAGAUCAGAUCGAGGAGGUUCUGCUUGCGAUCCGCAACACUAUGGAUACUGAUCACGUACCGCUGAAGGCCAUUGAUUCCGGUUCGGCAAAGGCGCACGAUAUCGAUCUUAACGUGGAUAGUACCCUAAAAGAGUUCAGUGUCAGUGUGGCUGGAGUGAAACCGACGAUCGAGAUCCUGGAUCCCGACCUGGAACCGUACAAUCGAUCGCGAGAAGUGUUGAGUUUGGAUAAUAUACGUGUCGUCAACGUAGCUGAUCCAGUACCGGGCAAGUGGAAUAUUAAAGCAUCGUCGGAUUCAUCGCACUCGGUGCGGUUGUCCGGGCUCAGUGAUGUGAAGUUUAAAUUUGGAUUCUCAAUAACUGAACCAACGUCCGACCGUGUCCUUUCGCCUCAACCCGUAUUGGAUGAGAAGAACUACCUAGCAGUUCAACCAUCCGAUCCGACCUUGAUUCGUAUUCUGGAUUCCGUUACGAUCACUUCACACAAUGCUGAUAUUGGCGGCAAUGGAGGUGACGCCGUGUUUCAGUUCAGCCUGCCGCUUCAGCAAGUACCCGAUUCUGGCGGUCUUUACCGUACCAAAGCGUUCGACAGUCCGCGACAACCGUUUAAGCUGACGAUUAACGGAAGAAACAUCCACAACGAACCACUUCAGCGUCUGUUCUCGACAGCCAUUCAAGUCACGCGGCCAGCAGCACCAGAGGUAUCCGUUGGCUACGCAACUCGUUUAGAACUGACUGAAGGUGAUGAUUACCUGUUGGAAUGUCAUGUCUAUUCCGCCACACCGUCCGUGGCUAGCUGGCAGUGGAAC